CCAUUCUUCCAUUCUACCUGCGACAUGCACACGUCUCUGUAUAUCUGUUAGAGCAAAGUUCACUUCAGCUGUUCUGUCGUCGGUUUCGUUGGCAUUACCAUAGUCAGGAAAGUUUCACUAAUGCUGAAUUAACGCGUUACGACACACCGAUAGGACUCGUCGCGUUUCGCUUGUGUAGUUUAUUUUGUCUCUACACUUCGCUCUCGGUACGGUUACUGAGUUGGACGGAUUCGCCAUGAGCGUGGUGUCUGAGGGUGUCUUUCUCUCGGCUCUGCAGCCAAACAGCUCCAAAGUGAGUACGUAUGCCGUGCCGUCGGAGACUCAGCUCCCGCACGGCGGCGCGUACUCGGACGAGUCAACGCGAGUCAAGCGCGUACAGCAGCAGGUGGCCCAGAGACUAGCCGAGAAAUCCACCUUGCCCCGGCGGAGCACCUCCACGUCCACCUCCGCGCAGUACCCCACCUCAGAGUACGGUGGUUCUGCUACAAUGAUGAAGUACCAGACCUUCAAUCCUAGCUUCAGUUCAAAGUCCUAUAUGCACUCCUCCACCACCAGACCAGUAAUGGCCCACCGUGCAUCUCAGCAGACCAGCAGUGGCUACUCGUCUCGCUCGGCCAUGGACUAUGGUACUAGAUCUCAGAUGAGUCGAGGGGCUGCUGGAGGACUGAUGUAUAACCAUGAGGACAUGGGUGGCAUGGCAGGAAUGGGUAGCAUGGCAGGUGGCUACCAAAGCAGCCAGUCUCAGCAGUAUCCGAUAAGCACAACGAUGCGCUCCAUGAGCCGUGGGGUUGCUGACGCAGAGACCACAUCGCUACACUCACUACGCCUGCACUCCCUGCCUCAACAGCAGGUUACCACUUGGAUGGCACGAAAUGGCAGUGAGGGAAGCCUGGGAUCAGACCAGGAGGCCAACUUUUCACGGCAGGAGGCAGGUUAUAACAUGAGCAAUGGCUAUGCAAGCACAUAUUCACACCCAUUCUCUGCCUCGGUCAAUGAGUUCAGCUCUGGGGCCAGGCAGACUUCAGCGACUAUGCCGACCAUAAGCCGUUCCCUCAGCGGAACCCUGGCUCGCAACGGAGGCACUGGAGUCAACAUGGGUGAGGAGGCCUAUAUACGCCAAACUUUCAAAGGCCCCUCGCAGCGCACCAUCAACAGGAUCACCCAGAAUCGCCAGAGUCGCUACUCUGUGUCAGCGGGGAGUAUGCAGGGAGGAAGCAGUACAGGGGGCUUUGUGAUUGGUGGAAACGGCUCCCAGGGUAACCUGACUAUGAUGAAGCAGGGGAGGAUAUCUCGUGCGCCCUCCAUGAGGAGUGUGAUCAGUGUGGGCAAAGGCAAAGAUGUCUUUGAUGGCAUGGAUAUGACAGGCAGCAUGGGAAAUCUGAGCGGACUGGGUGCCCUGGAUAUGACAACUGCCUUGAACUACCUUGAGUCAUCUGACAAAGACCAGCAGGCACUUGGAGCUGCUUACAUCCAACAUGAGUGCUACCACAACAAAGAUGCCAAGAAACAAGUGAACCAGUUGAAAGGCAUACCCCUACUGGUUCAGUUGUUUAACAGUGAGGCACAGAGGGUGCAACAAUAUGCCACUGGAGCAGCCAGGAACCUCAUCUAUGAAAACAUGGAAAACAAAGUGGCUCUCAUCGAAGCUGGAGGAAUCCCUAAGCUUAUGCAAGCCCUGAAAGAACCAGAUGAUGAACUCCAAAAGAACAUCACUGGAAUUCUGUGGAAUCUCUCCUCUAAAGACAACCUGAAAGAGAAGUUGGCGAGGGAGACACUUCCAAAGCUGACUGAAGAUAUACUGAUUCCUCUCUCAGGCACUGGAGAAAGAGAAAUAAUCGAGCACAAUGAUUCAGAGGCAGACAUUUUCUUCAAUACUACCGGAUGCCUCAGGAACCUAAGUUCGAUAAACACAGUGACCCGUCAGCAGAUGAGGGAAACUCCUGGACUAAUUGAGGCCUUGGUGGGCUACAUUCAGAAAGCAGUGGAUGACACUAGAGUAGAGCAGAAGGGAGUGGAGAAUGCGGUGUGUGUGCUGAGGAACUUGUCCUAUCAGCUGUACGAUGAGAUUCCCCCCUCAGUCUUGAUGCGCUUGGAGGGCACCAGUCGAAAUCAGGUUUCCUCUCGAGGAGAGCCCAUCGGCUGCUUCACUCCACAGAGCAAGAAAGUAAAAGGCAGUCAGAAUCAUGACCUGUCUACGUUUACCGAGGUGACCCGGGUGCCUAGGGGAUGUGAGUGGUUGUGGCACCCUAAGGUGGUAGGCCUUUAUCAAGCUGUCCUUACCCGCUGUGAAACAAACAGUACUACACGAGAGGCUGCAGCUGGAGCUCUGCAGAACAUUACUGCUGGAGACAGAAGGUGGCCAUCCAUCCUGAGUCGUGUUGCCUUAGAGCAGGAGCAUAUAUUGCCUGUGAUUCUGGAUAAGCUGAAGACAACCAACGAUCUAGAACUUCGUUCUCUCACUGGCUUCCUCAGGAACUUGUCCCGUCACUCCAGAGACAAAAACAGCCUGGCCCCUAAGGUGGUGUCACAUUUAGUGACGAUAUUGCCAGCUGAUGGCACUCAGAAGCUCCCUUCCCCUGAUGUGGUUAUAAAUAUCUGUGGCGCACUUAACAACCUUGUAAGCUGUAGUGAGGUAGCUGCACGAGAUAUAGCCUUCUUUGAUGGACUGCCCAAGUUGGUGGGCAUCAGGAACUCUCACGAUAACAGUUCAGGCAAACAGAAGCAAUCCAAAGCAGCAGCUACGGUCCUUUGCAACAUGUUCCAAUAUAAAAAACUACACAAAGAUUACAAAAAGAAAGGAUUCCAGAAAGAGGAUUUUACAGAGUUGAGCUUCUAAAUAAAGACUGGGACUGUGUGGAUGUAAUUGCAUGCAUGUAAAUAAGGAAUGGAAAGAAAAAAGAACAGUAACUCAUAGCUGAAUAUUUCAGCUGUGAGAUUUGGCUAGUGCAACACAAUCUGCCCUUGAAUACAGGAAGGGUACACCUGGAAAUCAACAGUGCAAUUCAACAAAGUAUGUUGUUCAUGAUAUCGGACUUGAUUGAUGGAGGUUGCACCUUAAUUAAAUUCCUAUAGAGCUAAGUUUGUUUUUAAUCUUCAGGGAUUUUUGGCCACUGUCUUUUCUGGCCACUCUCAGCAGUGUGCAGCAAGAUUAUUGACUGUUGUGUAUGUGUCUGUUUUCCCAAUGUCAUGGGCAUUGCCCAUUCUUAUCAUAUGGUAGUUCAUGGGAUUCAUUUCUUUUUAUAUUUUUGAAUUGUAAACUACUGUGACAGGUUUUCUCCCCUUAAACAUCAGUACUGUUAUCUGGAGUAGAUGGUUGUGGGAUUUAACAAAAAUGUGAGCAGGAUGCUAAAUAUUUCUAGACAGCACCAUAUACAUACACUAUUAUGUUUUUCAGCAUUGCCAUAUUAUUUUGUUAAUGGGUCUGUAUUGUUAUAUUGAGCCUAUUAGUAAAAAGUUAUGUCUCAAUUCUUGCUCUGUAUAUAAUGGUUAAAACCAUAAACAAUUUACUUUACUAUCUAGUAACGGGAUUUUUGCCAAAUAGUUAGGGUAGCCUCAAAUUAAUGUCUAGCACUUAUAUCUAGCACUAAAUGGCAUUUUACUUGGUAUGUCAGCCAUUGAGAAAAAAUUAAAUGACAGGUGCAAACAUUUGUCAGCUGUACACAGUCUUUUGCCAUUCUAGAACAUCAUGAGGAUAUUGAUUUUACCCUGCAGCUCACUGAAUUUCCAAGUGUAAAUGCAUGGCUUACAGAAAAGGCAUUGAGACAUAGCUACUAAGUAGGCUAAACUUAGCAGAAUAUAAGUCUUGUUCCAGCACCUGGUAACUGAUGUAUUGUCAUGGUGUUGUAUUAAAACCUGGUAUAGUAAAAAUCAAUAUGAAUGUAAAUUGUUGCUCAUUGUUUCCAUGAAAACAGCUAUUGGGUCAUGCUUGGGUCAACAUGUGAUUAUGUUUAUUUUCUUUUUUUUAAUUAGCAACAUAAAUAGCUAUAAAUCGAUUUACGUAAUACAAUUAAUGCAAUUUCAUACCAUUCUGGGCAAACUGGAAAAUGCUUGUCAGUGGUAGGUUAGUUACAAUGUAUCAUACACUAAAGAUAAUAAUGCAUCAUAUUAAAUAACUAAAUGAUACUGCAACUUUCAGCAAUAUUAACUUGUCUGGAACUUUUCUAGAAAAUGAUGUUUCAUUUAAAGAAUUUCUGUUAUGAAACCUGAAUGUUUGGGGUAUAUUGGUUGAAGUCUGAGUGUUUAUUGAGAUUGAUGUCUAUGAAAAGUACUUUUUUAAAAUACUUUCUUAAAUCUUUAUAUUGUAAUUUUUUUUUAUUCUGGGAAAUUUAUAUCAGUAAAAUGACUAGAGUGUGUUCAAUUUGCCAAAUUCUGUAGUGAGAUUUAUCAAGGUUAGGACUGCACUGCCUGUUUUAUACACACAGAAAAUCCACAGAAUUAACACCUAUAGUGUUUGUUUGGGUUUUUUUUUAGGUCCAAUUGGACACAAAUGAAAACUUUGAAAGAGUUAACACUCUAGGUGUUAAUUAACAUGGGGGAUUUUGCUGUGUAAAAUUGUUAUAGCUUUGUUCCUGCUCUGUAUGGUUCAUUUCUCACUUUGCAAGCACAUUCUUAAUUGUGAUCGUUCACCUUGUUAAAAACAAAUAAAAUAUGAUGUGCUGGA